AAAAAGAUACGUUUAUUUGCUCGUCUUGUCAUAAAAACAUUAAUGAAAUUCUAACUAAUGAGAACUCUAUAUUUGACAGAAAAAUGGGUAAAGAUAAUAUCCAUCUUACAUUUCUUGUUAUUCCUACUGGUAUAUUUUUUGGGUACCGAAGUACGCCCAAUGGAAUUUCUAUUUCUAAAAAUAAAUCUGUUGACGCAUUACGUACUAAAAUCUGGGAUUACUACUUUAAUAAGUACGGAAAUGUUUCCUUUAAUCUUCGUGCAGUCAAUAUUGAACGUAGAGAAUAUGUGCGUAUGGAACCUGAAAAAAAAAACAGCAAUUAUUUCGAUAAAAGUCCUACCGGAAUCUCAAUUCAUAUUCUUGUAGAAAUAUAA